AUGGUAAUGCAAAGACCCCAGCUCACCCGCGCAGGAAUAGCAUUCGCCCUGUACCUCCAUCACCUCAUCAGUGCCAUUGAAGUUCCUCUUGACUCAAAUAUUCAGAGUGAAUUGCCUCAGCCCCCUACAAUCACCAAGCAGUCUGUGAAGGACUACAUCGUUGACCCCAGGGAUAACAUCUUCAUUGAAUGUGAAGCUAAAGGGAAUCCCGUUCCCACUUUUUCAUGGACGCGGAAUGGGAAGUUCUUCAACGUGGCAAAAGACCCCAAAGUAUCAAUGCGGCGGCGGUCAGGAACGCUGGUCAUUGACUUCCACGGUGGUGGCCGGCCAGAGGACUACGAGGGCGAAUACCAGUGCUUCGCGCGGAACGAUUACGGGACAGCACUCUCCAGCAAAAUCCACCUCCAGGUUUCUAAGUCUCCCUUGUGGCCCAAGGAAAAGGUGGACGUGAUAGAGGUUGAUGAAGGCGCUCCACUUAGCCUGCAGUGCAACCCACCACCUGGCCUGCCUUCUCCAGUCAUCUUCUGGAUGAGCAGCUCCAUGGAGCCAAUCCACCAAGACAAGCGUGUCUCCCAAGGCCAAAACGGGGACUUGUAUUUCUCCAACGUCUUGCUGCAAGAUGCCCAGACUGACUACAGCUGUAAUGCACGCUUCCACUUCACCCACACAAUUCAGCAGAAAAACCCGUACACCCUCAAGGUGAAAACCACCCGAGGGGUCACGGAAACGACUCCCAGCUUCAUGUAUCCGUAUGGGACGUCAAGCAGCCAGAUGGUGCUCCGGGGGGUGGACCUGCUGCUGGAGUGCAUUGCAUCAGGAGUACCAGCACCAGACAUCAUGUGGUACAAGAAAGGAGGAGAGCUCCCAGCAGGCAAAACCAAGCUGGAAAACUUUAACAAGGCCCUUCGCAUCUCCAAUGUCUCAGAGGAGGACUCCGGGGAGUAUUUCUGCUUGGCAUCGAACAAGAUGGGCAGCAUCCGCCACACGAUCUCAGUGAGAGUGAAGGCUGCUCCGUACUGGCUGGAUGAACCACAAAACCUAAUUUUGGCCCCUGGAGAGGAUGGCAGACUGGUUUGUCGAGCCAAUGGAAACCCUAAGCCUACAAUACAGUGGCUGGUGAACGGAGAGCCUAUAGAAGCUUCUCCCCCUAACCCGAGCCGUGAAGUGUCUGGAGACACCAUUGUAUUUCGAGAUACCCAGAUUGGCAGCAGUGCCGUGUACCAAUGCAACGCUUCCAACGAGCACGGGUACCUUCUCGCCAACGCCUUCGUCAGCGUCCUGGAUGUGCCUCCACGGAUACUAGCCCCUCGCAAUCAGCUGAUCAAAGUCAUUCAGUACAACAGGACCCGUCUCGACUGCCCCUUCUUUGGCUCCCCAAUCCCCACGCUCAGAUGGUUUAAGAAUGGCCAGGGAAACACUCUGGAUGGAGGAAACUACAAGGCACAUGAAAACGGGAGCUUAGAAAUGAACAUGGCUCGGAAAGAGGACCAGGGCAUCUAUACUUGUGUCGCUACCAACAUCCUGGGUAAAGCAGAGGCCCAGGUUCGCUUGGAGGUCAAAGAUCCAACUAGGAUUGUGAGAGGACCAGAAGAUCAAGUGGUGAAGAGGGGCUCCAUGCCUCGCCUGCAUUGUCGUAUAAAGCAUGACCCGACAUUGAAACUCACAGUCACCUGGCUGAAAGAUGAUGCCCCACUUUAUAUUGGAAACAGGAUGAAGAAAGAAGAUGAUGGUCUGACAAUAUAUGGUGUGGCUGAAAAGGACCAAGGCGACUACACCUGUAUAGCUAGUACUGAAUUGGACAAGGAUUCUGCUAAAGCUUACCUAACUGUGCUAGCAGUCCCUGCUAACCGUUUGAGAGACUUACCUAAAGAACGACCUGACCGGCCCCGUGACUUGGAGCUGACGGACCUGGCUGAAAGGAGUGUGCGGUUGACAUGGAUACCUGGCGAUGACAACAACAGCCCGAUCACAGACUACAUCGUUCAGUUUGAGGAGGAUCGGUUCCAACCUGGCAUAUGGCAUAACCACUCCAGCUAUCCCGGGAGCGUGAACUCAGCUGUCCUAAGCCUCUCUCCUUACGUCAACUACCAGUUCCGGGUGAUUGCCGUGAACGACGUGGGCAGCAGUCUGCCCAGCAUGCCCUCAGAACGAUACCAGACCAAUGGGGCACGCCCUGAAAUUAACCCAACGGGAGUUCAAGGAGCAGGUACCCAAAAAAACAACAUGGAAAUAACCUGGACGCCUCUGAAUGCAACUCAAGCUUAUGGGCCCAACCUCAGGUACAUCGUGAGAUGGAGAAGAAGGGACCCCCGAGGGAGCUGGUACAACGAGACAGUGAAGACCCCAAGGCACGUUGUCUGGAAUACACCCAUCUAUGUACCCUACGAGAUCAAAGUGCAGGCGGAGAACGACUUCGGCAGAGCACCAGAGCCUGACACAGUGAUCGGCUAUUCAGGGGAAGAUUUGCCCAGCUCCCCCAGGUAUUUAAGGAUCCGACAGCCUAAUCUGGAAACCAUCAAUCUGGAAUGGGAUCACCCAGAGCAUCCCAACGGAGUCCUCACAGGAUACAGCCUUAGAUAUCAAGCCUUUAAUGGAUCCAAAACGGGCAGAACCCUGGUGGAGAACUUCUCUCCCAACCAGACGAGGUUCACCCUGCAGAGGACAGACCCCAUCUCACGCUACCGAUUCUUCCUGCGCGCAAGGACCCAGGUGGGAGAUGGAGAAUCCAUUGUGGAGGAGUCGCCAGCCUUGCUGAAUGAAGCCACGCCAACCCCAGCUGCAACCUGGUUGCCUCCAACUACAAUCGGUCCAACCAGCCCUCCAAACACCACAACUAUCGCCACAACUACCACCACCACUACAGUCGCCACCACCACCACUACAGUCACCACCACCACCACCACCACUACAGUCGCCACCACUCUACCCACCACAACCGUCGCAACCACUACAACAACUACAGAGCGGGCUCCGGCAGCCACCACAAAGCAGGAGUUUGCCACCAAUGGAUCAUCCAUAUGGGACAUAAGAGCUUUGGCUAAUAGUAACUGGGCAAACAUCACCUGGAGCCACAAUUACUCUGCAGGAACUGACUUUGUGGUUAAGUAUAUCACCAGUAACAAGACAGAGAAAUCUAUCCCCGUUAAAGCUCAGACCCCUUCCUCUGUGCAGCUGGCUAAUCUGACGCCCGGGAUGAUGUACAAGCUGUGGGUUUUCCCCAUAUGGUCUAGCCCCAGCGAACACUCUUACAUUACCUUUACGACAAGCUCAGCUUAUACUAAGAAUCAUGUGGACAUCGCAACCCAAGGCUGGUUCAUUGGGCUGAUGUGCGCCAUAGCUCUCCUGGUUCUUAUUCUGCUGAUAGUGUGCUUCAUUAAGAGAAGCAGAGGUGGAAAAUACCCAGUGCGAGAUAACAAAGAUGAGCAUCUCAAUCCUGAAGACAAGAACGUAGAAGAUGGGUCAUUUGACUACAGCGACGAAGACAACAAACCGCUGCCAAACAGCCAGACCUCCUUGGACGGCACCAUAAAGCAGCAGGAGAGUGACGAUAGCUUGGUGGACUAUGGAGAGGGGGGCGAAGGGCAGUUUAACGAGGACGGCUCCUUUAUCGGCCAGUACACGGUGAAGAAGGACAAAGAGGAGACGGAAGGCAACGAGAGCUCGGAAGCCACCUCCCCAGUCAAUGCUAUCUACUCGUUGGCAUAGCGCAAUAUAUAUGUGAAACCAAACAACCUAAGCUAUAUGUAGUGGAUGGGGGUUAAACAACAGCCACCGCCACCACUGCCUCCAACAGAAACGUGUGAAUGAAA